UUUUCUUUGUAAAUUACUAAAAAUAAUCUCUGAUGUUUCAAGUAUUCCAAUUGGAUGUCUUGAUAAGCUAGUUAGUUUGAAUUUUAGAUGCUGCAAUAACCCUGUGCAGUUUUUCGAGAAGCCUCAAGUUGAGAUUUUAUUUUAUUUUUUAAAAAAAUUACUUUAGUGAUUGCCCAAAGCUUAACGACUUUCCAGAAAUUGAGUGUGAGAUGGAGUGUUUGGAAUACAUCUUCCUACAAAGCAGUGGUAUAAAAGAACUGCUUCUAUCCAUUCGAUACCUUAUUGCGCUUAAAAGGUUAGAUCUAGGAGUUGGCUUGAACCUUAUGAAUCUUCCAAGUAUCAUUUAUCAGUUGGAACAUUUAGAGCAUCUUUCUCUCGCGGGUGGUUCAAAACUGGUUAGGUUUCCUGAGAAGAUGGGGGAUAACAAACAACCCAUACCUUCUAUUGUAUCUAAAACUGAAUUGGAAAUUUCAUCAUGUCUAGAAUUGCUCCCAUUGCCACCUCCUACGAACUCAAGUAUUUCUAAUGAUGGUUGAUCCUUUGUUGUUUUUCCCUCGCUACAAAAAUUGUAUCUUGCCUUACCAGGGAACAAACAAAAUUUGAGGCGUAUUAAUAGAUUUGGCUGAAGGAGACAUGAUUCCCUUGAGGUUUGAGGCGUUCAAGAAUAUGAAAAGGCUUAGACAACUUAUUGUUAAUGGUGAUACAUGUUUUUCUGAAGGUUCUAUUUUUCUCCCUAAUGAGUUAAAGAUUGCUUCAUUGGCCUAAUUGUCCUUUAAAAAUCUUUGCCGUCCAAUUUUAAUGGAGAGAACCUCACAGUUUUAAGAAUGCCUAAUGCCAUGGCCAGGGCUAGGUGCUUUCAUCCAACCAUGGCCCACAACACUUUUAUUUUUAUAUUUUUUAUUUGAUAUGAGAAGAAUAUUUGUAUUUUCGUAUCAUUUUUAUUAUAUAUAAGAUGAAAACCCAUAUGGAGGUCUUGAUUUACAAAUGGUUGAAGCACAAGUCUAAAAUUCAUCAACUUGGGGACUCUAUCAAAAAGUGCAAAAUUUUGAGUGGGUUGUGACAUAAUUUCUCCUGAUUUUUAAAAUUUCUUCCAUUAAAUUUUGUUGUUAAUUUCCUUCAAACUAAUUUAUUUCCCCCUUUUUGUCUUUUACAGAAUUUUGGAAGCAUGAAAAUUAUGAAUUUAUGUGGAUGUAAAUUUCUAAAAAUAAUUCCUGAUGUUUCAAGAAUUCCAAAUUUAAAGGAUUUGCUUCUUUCUAAGUGUACAAGUUUAGUUAAGAUUGAUGAUUCUAUUGGAAAUCAUGAUAAGUUAGUUUUGUUGUAUAUCGAUGGUUGCUAUAACCUUAGCAGUUUUCCGAGAAAACUCAAGAUGAGGUCUCUAGAAUAUCUUUACGCUGGUGGUUGCUGAAGUCUAAACUACUUUCCUGAAAUUGAUAUUGAGAUGGGGCAUUUAACAAGGAUCAAUUUUGGAGGCACCGGUAUAUCAUCCAUUCGUUUAAAUCCUGAGGAUCUUGUUCUUGAGGGAUGUACAAACCUUGACAAGUUUCCAGAGAAAAUAGGGGAUAGCGUACAAUCCAUGCCGUCUAAUGUAUUUAUGAAGGAAUCAGAAGUUUCAUCACCUGCAGAAAAACUCUCAUGGCUACCUCCUGCAAAUUUAAGGGUGUCUAAUGGUGGUUGGCCCUCAAUAGCUUUUCCGGCAGUACGAGAGUCGAAUUUUUCCUCCACAUUGGUAGCCUUACAUCUAUCAUGGAGUGGUAUUGUUACCAUUCCUACAUGCAUCAAAAGAUUUGUUAGCUUGAAGGAACUUGGUUUGGAUCAUUGCAAGCAACUUCGAGAAAUUCUAGCAUUUCCACCAAAUACAAGUAGUGGUGUGAAAGCAGAGGGGUGCAUGUCAUUGGAAUUAUAUAAAAAUAAAUGUUGGUUACCAGAGCUUCCGAUAGCAGGACCUAGCAGCGGUCUAGGAGUACUGGAGGCAUCUACUAUACGAGGACCUGGUCAGAAUAAGCUAUUUAACAUUUUAGUUUCUGGAAAUAAGAUUCCGGACUGGUUCGACUAUCGUAAAGAGGUUUCAAAUAGUACUUCAUGUGAAAUAGAUAUUGAUAUGCCUACAGAUUUAGAUGGGGAGAUCACAAGAAUUGCUUUCUCUGCUGUUGUUGAAGCUGAGUCUUCUAAUGGCGGAAUGAUAGAUGUUUACGUCAUCAGUGGUGGUGUAGAAAUCUUUUGUGGCGGAGAAGGAUUAAGUCGAGGGGGCUCAACUUGUGUAUGGUUGGGUUUCCAUGUUCCAAAAAUGGCGUAUAAUGGUCAUUUGCGAGUUAAAUGUGUUUACAAGAGUGUCACUGGUCGAAAUUCAUUUGACAUGAAAAGUUGUGGAGUCCAUCUGGUACGUAGGUAGAAGAGAUGGCGAUAGAUGGUAUUUAAGAUAUUAAGAGACCCCGUGACAAUGACGACGACGAUGAUGGCCCACAACAAAAGAAGCAAUCUUCAAACUUGGGCAUUAGAAUUUCAGACCCAGAGGCAGAGGAAUUCUAGCAUAAGAGCUUGAUCCGAGUUCAUGGUAACAUUUUUUCACAAUUAUCGUCUUUCCAUUUCUGGGCAACAUAUGUGUUCUAUCUUGACUUUUAACGCUUAGAUAAGAUAGGGACAUUGGAUGACAGCAACGGAGGUGAUUGGGGCAGAAUUUUCUUACAUGAUGAGAGUUUGUCUCACUUUU